AUGCUCGAUGGCGGCGGCGCUGGCGGCGGCGGGAAAGGGCGAGGCGGCGCGCUGGCGGUGAAGACGAUCGAUAAGCUCGCGAUGUACGAGGGGUGCCUGCGGCCCGAGCAGAUGGCGGAGCGCCACGCGGCGCUGAAGCGCGAAGUGAUGGUGCUGAAGAUGCUGUCGGGGCAUCCGAAUAUCGUGCAGGUGAAGAAAGUGUACGACUCGAAAGCGAGCCUUCGAGUGGUCAUGGAGUAUUGCGACGGCGGCACUUUAAAGGAUCGCCUCUUACAGUGUAUGGAGCAGCACCAAGCCGCCGAAUCAGCGAACGGAACUACUUCCUCCUUUCUAUCCCCAGGGAAGCUUGUUGGUUGGGAUAUCAAGAGCACUUUCAAGGGCAUAAGGGAAGGAAUUACAGGAACGGUGGGUGGAGGGAACAAGAACGUGGGACGUGUUUGGGCCGGGGGGAUGGAGGAGCAAGAUGCUGCUGAUAUUUUCCGCCAGCUUGUUACAGCGGUACACUACUGCCACUCGAAGAAUGUGCUGCACCGCGAUAUAAAGCUUGAAAAUGCUCUGCUGGUCUUGGGUGAAGGGGAUGAGGGUAAGAACGAGUGGCAAGGAAAAGGUGAGAGAGAUGGGAAGGGAGGUGGGGGUGGUGGAGGGCGUGCCAUGGAAAAGCAUGUUAGGGUGAAGGACGGAGAGGGAGCAGUUGGAAAAGGAGGCUCUCAAAAGCGAGAAGAGCAAAUGGUUGCUGCAAGGAAGGCGCGGGUGGUGGCUGAUGCACAAGGCAAAACAGGCGAGGGCAAUUUUGAGACAGAGUCUGAAGCAGAUGCAGAUGCGUCAACAGGAGAAGCAGCAGCAGAGACAGAAGCAGCCACAGCAGCAGAAGCAGCAGCUUCACCUGUAAGGGGUGGUGUUUCGAGAGGGGGUCUCAUCCGCUCACGUUCCUUUGAUCCCCCUGAAAAGUCACCAGGCCUCCUUACCAAUCCGUCUGGCACCAUCCCCACCUGCCACUCAGCCGACGACCCUCCUUCUUUUCGCCGACUUCCUUCCUCCCUCCCUGCCACAGUCAAGCUAGCAGACUUCGGCCUCGCUAUAGUGCUCUCGCCCAACAAGCAGCAGGUGACUGGCAAGUGCGGCACGUCAGGGUACAUGGCUCCAGAAGUGGUUUUAGGUAAGAGUUACGGGCUAAGUGCGGACGUAUGGAGCCUGGGAGUGGUGCUCCAUGCGCUUCUCUUUGGCGAGCUACCGGUGUACAAUCAAGAGAAGGACGUGGCCAAGUUCGGCGUACCUAGACCGAGCGGGAACAAGUGGAAGGCUGCUUCUCCUCUCGCGCUCGACCUGUACAAGCGGCUUUUGCAGAUUGACCCUGCGAAUCGGAUCCCGCUCUCCGAUGCGCUCAAGCACCCGUGCGUAGGCCCAGCUCCUGCAACCACCCCUCUGGCCCUCGUCAUGGCUGCUGACGAAACCAGCGAUGGUGACGACGAGGCGGGCCGUGAACUCCAAAAAUCACCCCCACGAACGGGCCUCAGCUUUCUACGAACCCCCACUAAGAAGCUGUCAGAUCCGGAGCCCGUAGUUGCUUCAACCGAGGACGAAACCCGCGCAGAUGAUUCAGGGCCUGACCUGCGCUCACCUGAAGUUUGCACUACCACGGCGGAACCCUCACCUCCAGAAGCGACGGCUCCUGAAACGGAGAUAGGCGAUGCGGCUGGCGACUCUGCGAACAAGAAGCGCAAAGAGUCAAGCGGUGGCAGUGCUACGCAGUGGUGGCGACAACCGAAGCCCUCUGUGAAGCGGGCAGCACGUCCAAUCCAACGAGUGGAGGACGAGGGAAGUGAUGACAACGAGGAAGAAGACGGCCUGCCAACUGUCGAAGAGAUGGCCCGUUACCCCGAGGUCGCUUUCGCUAAAGCGCAUAAGCGGUUUAAGACUUCAUGGGAGUCUUUGUUUCCGUGGCUAAUUCUAACUCGUGAUGACGUUGGCUUCCCCAUUUUGAGAUGCAGCACGUGCUUGGAACAUGGAGGUGAAGGCGCGAAAACGGCUUAUGGCAAGGGAGGCAGUGGAGGGCGUGACAUGCAGAAGGGGAGCAUCCGGACGCACCAGCGCUCCACCGCACACCACGAUGCACACGCCGAGAUGAAGUCGAAGGAGAGCCGGAAGCUUCGUCAAACGCUGCUGAGCGAGUUCGAGGGGUUGGAUCGCAGCACUCUUCACAUCAUCACUGCUCUCAAGACUACCGUGUACAUAUGCAAGUCGGAGGCGCCAAUCACCUCCUACGUGGGCACCAUCAAGUUCAUGGCCGAGCUCGGAGUCCCGAACCUUCCCUUGGAUUCCAAGGGAAACUACUUUUCGGACAACUAUUCAUCCCACGCCCACUCACAGGUUGACAUCACCGUGGUCGCGGGGGAGGUGUCACUCGCUUGCCGGACGAUCGAGGUGCGUUACGUGGACUGCGAGGAUCGUUUCGGCAACGAUCACUCGCCCCUGCUCUGCGCGUUCCUGAAGAAACACGGCAACCCCCAGCACCGCGAAGUCACCGUCCAAGGCGUGGACCAGAACGGCGAAGCUGCAGAGCACGAGUUCGUGCUUCACGAGCGCAAGAUCCCAGGCCAUAAGACUGGUGGGGACUACUAUUCUUGCAAGGCGGUGUGCCAGGAGUUUGCGAGGGUUUGCGUUGCGCGACUGGAGUUCCGCCUAGAAGACCUCAAGAACCUGGCCGGCUCCAAGCUUUUCCGGCCAUCGUGCUAUCCCGACGACAACGCGCAGCGGGUGAAGAAGUGUCGCGAGUGGUUGGGCAUGCUAGACCACAUGUGUGUGCUUCAAGGCGUGCGAGAGGGAGCUACCGUUGUUUCUCCACACCAUGGAUACCAACCACGGGAACAUGAGCUUCCAUAA